AUGUCGUCCCAAGCCAUGAGACAAGCGCUGAGGAAUACGUGGUCUGCCCCCAAGAGCCUUCGAACAACCCCUUCGCUCCAGGCAAGAGCUUUUGGAACAUUCAAGACACCUCCGAUCAGGAACGAACCAAACCCUCAAUACGAGAUUGGCAGCGAGCACCGAGAGAAGAUCAAGUCAGCCCUCGACGACUUGAAGGCCAAACUCCCCGUCAAGGUCCCUCUUCAGAUCGCCGGAAAGACAGUCCCCGCCUCGGCUACCGCCAAGCAGACGAUUCCCUCCUCGCAUAGCACUGUUCUCGCUGAGUACCCCCUGGCCACAGGGGAACAAGUCAACGAGGCGAUUGAGCAGGCACUCGCCGUCAAGGAAGAAUGGCAGAACAUGAGCUUCAAGGAUCGUGCUUCCAUCUUCCUGCGUGCGGCCGAGUUGAUAUCUCAGAAUCGUCAUGAGAUUAUGGCGGCAACUAUGCUGGGGCAGGGCAAGAAUAUCUGGCAGGCGGAAAUCGAUGCUGCGGCUGAAAGCUGCGACUUCCUUCGCUUCAGCGUUCACUACGCCGCCGAGCUGUUGAAGCAGCAGAACACCAUGAACGACGAUGGUGUCUGGAAUCGCACCGAGUACCGCCCUCUCGAAGGCUUCGUCUAUGCCAUUACACCUUUCAACUUCACAGCCAUCUCUGCCAACCUGACCGUGGCGCCCGCAAUCAUGGGCAACGUCGUUGUCUGGAAGCCUUCCGACUCAGCCAUCUACUCCAACUAUGUCCUCAUGAAGAUCUUCGAGGAAGCCGGUCUUCCCAAGGGUGUCAUCCAAAUGAUUCCCGGCGACGCUCGGACAGUCACAGAUGCUGUGCUUCAACAUCCCGAGUUCUCUGCUUUGCACUUUACCGGGUCUACAGAUGUCUUCCGUCAGCUGUACGGCAAGAUUUCUGACGGCGUUGUGUCUGGAAAGUACAACAGCUACCCUCGCAUCAUCGGUGAAACCGGUGGAAAGAACUUCCAUCUGGUGCACAAGAGCGCUGAUAUCCGCAACGCUGUUGUCAACACAAUCCGCGGUGCUUUCGAAUAUCAGGGUCAAAAGUGCUCUGCGACAUCUCGCCUAUAUGUUUCUGAGUCUGCUUGGCCUGAGCUCAAGAAGACACUCGUCGAGGAGAUGGACAAGAUCAAGCAGGGUCCCCCGGAGGAUUGCGCCAACUUUGUCGGACCAGUGAUUCACGAGAGAUCUUGGAACAAGCUUGAUGGCGUUAUUACCAAGGCCAAGGCCGACAAAGAGCUCACACUCAUUGCUGGUGGCAAGACGGAUAAGUCUGAAGGAUGGUACAUCCAGCCAACAGUCUUCCAAACCUCCAACCCUCAACACGACAUGAUGAAGACUGAGUUCUUCGGUCCCCUCUUGACGGCCUAUGUCUUCCCGGACAACGAGUACGAGAAUAUGCUUUCCUUGAUUGACAAGUCGACCAAGUUCGCCCUCACUGGCGCCGUCUUUGCUCGCGACAGGAAUGCUAUCAAGGCCGCUGAGGACGGUCUGCGCCAGUCUGCUGGCAACUUCUACAUCAACUCCAAGAGCAGCGGCGCUGUUGUUGGACACCAGCCAUUCGGAGGAUCAAGGGCCAGCGGGACCAACGAUAAGGCAGUGAGCCCUAACUUGCUUUCGCGGUUUACCAGCGUUCGCAGCAUGAAGGAAGAUUUGAUGAGCACUUAUGAAGUCGGGUACCCUUCUAACAAGGUAUAA